AUGAGUCUUCACGAUGAAAUCGCCAAUUUCGUCGAUGACCUUAUUGAUUCUUGUAUUUUGGAUGGAAUUUUGAACUUGCAUCGAGCUAUCAAACUCGGCUACUAUCACCUUCUUAUCCCCGAUGGUGAAAACCCCAGCGCGCAGUCGGGCGCCCCCACUGCAGACUCGCUUAAUAAGCUACCAUCUUGUUGUCGUUGUGUAAAAUGCAACUGCAAAGUUGCAGCUACGCGUUACGCAUCCCACUUAUCCAACUGUAUGGGCCUGGGCCGGAACAGCUCUAGAAGAGCCAACAAACGGAUCGCAGAACAACAACGUCUCGAAGAUUUUGACGACGUCGACGAGCCCUACUACCUCGAUUCUAGUCCUGCAUCGACUAGCGGCAUUAAGAAUGAAGUUGCUGACAAACACAGUUCGAAAAGUUCCGCUGAAUAUAACCACCGAGGCCCUCAAUACCACCAAAAGGCCUCCAAAAGUCGAUCAAUUGGAGCACAUUCCAAAUGCACCACCUCAACCACUUCGGGCAACGGUUCACGAGCUAGCGGCCGUAACGAGACCCACACACCUGAAAGAGACUUCCCCGUGACUGGCAAUCAAGGUGGCGCCUCGUUCGACCGAACUAAUGAAGCAUCUACUUUUUAUGAAGACGAAGAGGCCGACAUAUCUGAAACAACUGGCAGUGGCUCUUUUGCCGUCAAUCGGCGUAUCCACAGCUUUUCAAAACGGCAACACCGGGGACAUCCUCAUGCCUAG